AUGGUUCAAAAAUCCAUCCCUACCAUACAAACUGUUCCUGCAACGGCUCCUAUUGCGCAAAUUGUGGAAAUAUUGCAUAGAGAUGGUGUGAUUGUGCUAUCUGAUUAUGCAACAGAAGACGAAAUCGAUGCGUUGAACCAGAAAGCUGCUCCUCACUUCGACAAAGCCGCUAGAGAGUUUAAGCCCGAUGACAAGUUCAAGGGGUUUCGAGCUUCGAAUACCACCGUGUUCUACGAUCUCAUAGGUGCCGUACCGGAGGAUACUUCGAAGCUAUUACAACGGAAGGUCUGGCAUCAAGUCAUGGCUGAAUUCCUUUCCCCAGAAACUUGGGAGUGGUACGGUGAGCAGAAAGAAGUCAGAAAGGGUAGUUACUGGCUUCACACAUCUAUCGCCUACAAAGUUGGUCCAGGUGCAGGAAAUCAAGUAUUGCAUAGAGAUUCCAACUCAUCUAUGGUACAAAGAACCGGACCGGAAACACCGCCUACUAUGGUGUCCACGUUCGUUGCGGGAGUUGACGUGACAGCAAAGAACGGCGGAACACAUGUGAUACCUGGCUCACACUUGUGGCCACAAGAUCGUGCACCGAAGCAAGAAGAUUGCUGCACAGUCGAGAUGAAGAAAGGAUCUUUGGGUAUCUGGCUUGGUAACAUUUUCCACGGUGCUGGAGCGAACACUUGUGAACCCAGUGAUCCAACUGCUUUGCGAAUCAUAUAUGGUCUUUUCGCAACUAGCGAUAAUUUCCGCCAAGGAGAAAACACAGUCUUAGCUUGUAAACCAGGAGAAUACAUGAAGAUGGCACCUGAAGUACUAAAGGUAUUAGGCUUUUACAAAGGAUCUUCGGGAACAGGAGCUUUGGGUGGGAAAGAUCCGAUCAAAACUUGGUCCGGUUUACAGGAUUAUCAAGGUGGAGAAUGGAUCUACAAGGGUGCAGCUUAG